GUGGCAGCAGCACGUAGGCAGACGCCAUGAUGAUGCAGUCCUGAGUUCUGGAGCAAUGCAGACAACCAUGUAGAAGCCGGCUGGAAGGAGGGCGCAGGAUAGGGUUGUGUAGGGUGUACUGGUAACAGCAUUGGUGCUUGGCUUGUCCCUUUUCAAUGGAAGGAACACCCUUGAACGACCAACUGGAAAGUAGUUGAUGAUUUUGUAAGUGACGGUGCACUUAGUGCUCAACGCACUGUGUGAAAGGAGCGGAGGCGAUCAGGGGUGGUGCAGCUAGUAGAAGGGCUCGAUCUCACCUGUGAUGCCCGGGAUGUAGUCGCCUGGCGGUUGGAAGUUGGCAACCUUUCUCAAAGUACUGGUCAUGCAAACCCGAAAAAGAUCCGUACCUUGAGCUUCAUGCAGAGCACUUGACCCUCAUCCACCUUUUAUUGUUCCUUAUGCUCUGGUUUGCUGAAACAGGACCUCGUUAGCAGCUUAAGCAUCAAACGUAACUGCGAGAGACAAGGUGCUAUGGCGGAGGCCUUACACAUCCUGAAGGCCUCAGCGCUGUUUGGAAGCUUUACAGGCAGCCAAAGGGAAGGGCCACGGAGAGGUCAUCAUUCAUCAUUUCCAGCGGCCGGUUUGCUUCGUCCACAAAUGCUGAAGACUUUACUGAUGCUCAGCAGUGCAGAAAGCAUUGCUUCGAAACCCGUAUGCCAGGAUGGGGUGAUAAGCAAGGCAAAGCUUGGGCGGACAGUCCCGCUAUCUGUCGUUGCACAAGCUCUUGAUGGAUCCGGGGCCAGUGGUGGGGGCGGAGGCGCGAGAGAAGCGGCCAAUGGUAAAGCCAGCGACUCUGCGGCAGAUUCCGUUCAUAUAGCACGGGCCAUCGAGCUCUCCAAAAGCUCAGAAGGCCUAACGGCGCCCCACCCGAACGCUGGCUGUGUGUUAGCGCACGGCUCUGAGGUUGUUGGUGAAGGCUUUCUGUAUGCUCAAGGGACCGAGAGUGCCGAAGCACAGGCGGUGCGGGCCGCUGGGCCUAGAGCAGCGGGAGCCACAGCUUACAUGAAUCUAGAACCAGGGGACUGUCAUGGGGACCGGAGAGCAGUCAAGGUGCUCAUUGAUGCGGGUGUCAAGCGAGCCGUGAUUGGGAUGCGGCAUCCGCUUUCACACCACAGGGGCAAGGCCAUCGAUGCUCUUCGGGCCGCCGGAAUCGUCGUCGAAGUUGGAGGAGAGGAAUACAGGCAUCCACCAACUGAGGAAGCAUGUCAAAAAGCGAACGAGGCGCUCGUAUACCGCAUGGAGUUCAAGCGCCCGUUCUCGGUGCUGAAAUACGCAAUGACGCUCGACGGGAAGAUUGCGGCCAGCACGGGGCAUGCGGCCUGGGUGUCUGGCAAGGAGUCCCGCCAGAAAGUCUUUGCGAUGCGAGGCCGCUCCGAUGCGAUCAUCGUGGGGGGCAACACCGUGCGGCGAGACAACCCCCGGCUGACGACGCGCCGUGAGGGUGGCCACCUGCCCGUCCGGAUCGUCAUGUCCCGGACGCUUCGGCUCCCCGAGGACGCCAACUUGUGGGACGUGUCCGCAGCCCCGACCAUCGUCAUGACGCAAAAGGGGGCACGGGAAGACUUUCAGGAUCGGUUGCGGCGGCGGGGCGUCGAGAUCGUGGAGUUUGACUUCCUGACCCCCGCCGGCGUCAUGGAUUACUGCUACCAGCGCGGAUUCCUCCAGGUGCUCUGGGAAUGCGGGGGCACGCUGUCCGCGCCCGCCAUUCAAGCUGGCGUCAUUCACCGGGUGAUGGCGUUUGUGGCUCCGAAGCUCAUUGGCGGUAUCACCGCCCCAACUCCCGUGGGCGAGCUCGGGUUCGUCGAGAUGACGCAAGCAAUGAACCUGUCAGACGUCAGCUACGACGUGGUUGGCCCCGACCUCAUGGUCUCCGGUUACCUCCAAACCCCGCACACCAACCCCAUUCGUCCCUUCUCCUGGCCUGCGCCCAAUCAGGAAACCGCCCCCAGCUCCGUCGCGGCCCCUCCCCCACCGCGACCUCGGAUCGCAUUCUACAAAGCCUGGGACCUCUACGGCGCCUUCUCGAACUUCUCCCCCCAUCCAAUCACGAUGCCGGAUCUAGAGGGGCGGGAAGAGGAGUGGCGCUCUGUGGAACACUUUUACCAGGCGCAAAAGUUUGCGGGCGUCAAUGACGCAAAUGCGGAGAGCGCCGUGCGGGGGAUUCGGGAGGCGCGGAGCUCGGAGGAGGCGGCGCGCAUCGGGCGCGCGCUCGAGCGGCUGCGGCCGGAGCUGGUACGGCAGGACUGGGAUACCGCAAAGGUUGAGGUGAUGUAUGGUGCAUUAUGUCGGAAGUUCCAGAUGCAUUCCGAGUUGUCAAAUCUACUAGUCUCGACGGGGGAUCUCGAGAUUGUGGAGAACGCGCCGCAUGAUUUCUUUUGGGGCAUAGGGCGGACAGGUCAAGGCCAGAAUCACCUCGGAAAGUUGCUGAUGCGGGUUAGACGAGAAUUGCAGGAGGUAUCGGAAAAGAGCCCGGCAGUAGAAGUUUUGCAAGAUGUAAGGUGAUGUCAAGUAGGUUAUCAAGAACGUUCAAGCUAAUCAGCAAGCCGAGUGGUCGAUAUUUUCUAUUGAUUGCGAAAUCUCUUCUUAACUGCGAGAGCUUCUUAGAGGACUGUGGGUCCCUCUUCCAAAAGAAAGUGAACACGUUUGAGCAGGUCAGCCCAAGGAUAUGUUGAGGCCUCGAUCGACUCUUCUGCCAAACCAUAUUUGUAGAGAUGAGGUGCUGGAGCGCUUGAGUAUUGUCGGCUUUAGU